AUGAUGUCAUCAGAGCACCUGACCUGCAGUUGGCUGCAGCAGCUUCUCGUCGUACUUCUGAAGCUUUGUCUCACUUUUGCUGGGCCUUUGCGACCACUCAAUGGGACAGACUGCACAGCCAAGGGUCCUGCUUCCUACAUACUGGUCUUUACAGGUCACUGGAGCCCACAGGCAUUCCCCAAGCAGUAUCCACUGUUCCGGCCCCCUGCACAGUGGUCCAAGCUCAUAGCGGUCAGCCAUAAUCGCCAUUUUCGGCUGUGGGAGGAUGGUGCUCCGGCUAGUGCAGGGGUGCAGAGCUUUGCUGAGGUCGGGGUGACGGUGGAGCUGAUGAAGGCGGCCAAGGAGGCCAGGAAGAGACGCGCGGUCGGCGCCAUGCACCGAACGGCCGGCAUCCCUAACGGCAUCGGGCACAGCUCCACGGAGUUGCUCAUGCAGCCCCGGGGCUCCCUGCUGUCCCUGAUGGUGAAGAUCAUCCCCAGCCCCGACUGGUUUGUUGGUGUGGACAGCAUAAACCUCUGCGAGGGCAGCCAGUGGAAACAGGAAGUGAACAUUGACCUCCAUCCUUACGAUGCAGGGACAGACAGUGGAUUCACGUUCUCCUCUCCUAACUUCCCCACAAGCCCCCAAGAAAACAUCACAAAGAUCACAUCCGAGAUGCCGAACCAUCCAGCCAACUCCUUCUACUAUCCACGUUUAAAGGAGCUUCCACCUAUUGCCAGCAUAAGGAUCUCUCAACAGAGCAGAUCAUCUGGCCGUCAAGUCCUUAUGUCCAAUCAUAUCCUGCCAAACUCGAUCAAUCCCCAGCGCUUCACGGCGACACCAUUGGACUGUGAGGUGUCUUUCUGGUCCUCCUGGGGUUUGUGUCUUGGUCCCUGUUCCAGAGGUGGUGUCCGCCACCGCACACGUUACAUCCUCUUGCGGCCGGCCAAUGCUGGCGUCCCCUGCCCUGAGCUGGAGGAACAGUCUGAAUGCGUACCGCACAGCUGUAUGAGACUCCAGUGAACCCACAGGGUGCACAAGCACAGAUACUGCCAGUAUUCAACACUGGGACUCACUGCUGGACUGAGAAAUGUUGCUGCAUCUUGAGCAUCUCCUUGAUAAUGUAAAGGAUUUUUGUGUUUGUCACGGUCAAAUUGUGGGAAUGAAAAACCCGCUGCCUUCCCUGUGCAGCCAGUUAGCAUUGGA